GGCAUAAUGAUAGGCUCUUGGACUUCUCGCUCUUGUUUUUCGAUGACAUUUCCGCUAAGGCUUAGUUGUGCUUUUGGUUUUCUUUCCUCAACGAGGACUUGCAUAUGCAUCAGAUGAUGGUGAAAUAAAAAUUUAAUUAAUUUACUUUUGAACGGAGUUUGUGUUUGUGAUGUUGUCAACAAGUGGCUCAUCAUCUUCUUCAACUUCAUCAGACAUGAAGUAUAAUCCUGUUUCAUCACGCCGAGACACCAUGACAAGGACAACAGCAAGAACUACACGCCCGGGGUCUACAACUAGUACCAUCAGGAGCCUAUCAUCCAGAAUGCAGCACUGCAGGGAGAUUUUUUCCUUCGCUUGUCUGAUAAGCAGCGUCAGCAUCUGUGCUGGCAUACGAUUAAGAACGUCAACGACAGAAGAUAUUUCCGCGGAUUCUUUUCAUCCGGUUCUCACCACAGACCAGGAUCACGCCGCACAAGAGCCUGAUGGUGCAGCCGAAGAGCUCGUGUCGGCAGAUGUCGGCACGGUGCAAGAACAUUCAUCGCCUACCGGCGCAGCUUCACACGGGGCGACGAGAACAAGUCGCUGGGCAGACUUCGUCUCGGAGGAUGAGCAGGACGAUGAGCCGGCUGCUGGAGGGCUUAGUGCGCCGGAUGAUGCAACAACAUCGCCGAGGACUGACGAUGGCCAAAGAAGUGGUCAACAACACAUCGGGUGGAUGUUGAGCGACGACAAUUGGGCGAAUCCGAAUGCGUAUUGCUGGCACAACAACUACAGCACACACGACCCAGCGACCACGUCGGCGCCAGUUACAGGAGAGAAUUUUCAUGGUCAUUACGUUAGAGAAAACUGUCCCCACUACCCCGGUUUUCCCCAAAUCAAAAAUUUUUUUAUGAACUGAUGCAACAACACGGCCACCGGCCGCGCAGCCCGCCCGGAUAGUGUCCGCUAGUGGAUCUUCUUCACGGAUACUUUCUGAGGCUGUUACGUAUGCAAUGGAGCAAGCGGGAUAGCGGCGCGCAAAAGUCGGCGCAUGAGCUGACGGGGCAGCAAGCUUUGUGGAUGUGUGUAGCUACUUCGGCCCCAUCCGCGCGUGGGCUACUGCAACGCGGCCCCGCCACACUGGCCGCGCCCAACUUCUGAGGCUCCGGCCUCACCGUUUCCCUGGGGGUCGUGCAUGCGUACCUUUUCGGGAGGUUUCUGGUGCUCGUUUUGGUGGCCGAAAGUGCGUAGAUAGCUGCUUAGGGCCGAAAUCCCCAGCAUACGUUUUUUUUCUCGCCAGCGUGUCCGAACAUGCACUCAGGGAAACGGUGCCGGCCAGCCUCAAGCGGAGAAGACAGGUCCGCGGCAAGGGGCAUUGCGUUCAGCCUUAGGUGGCCGGGGGGCGGGUCUGGCAUGGGCGCCUUGCCCAGGGCGCUGCCUCGCGGGCCCCGAGCUGCUUGCGCCCCAAAAAGCCGGGCAAGGCGUGCAGUGUCUUUGAGUCCAGCAACACACCUGGGGGAGCGGGCUUCGGUCUGGCCAUUCGCGGCGCAGGUCGCUUGCGAAGGGCCCGCCCUGCUUACAAUUGGAUCGAAAAAAAAAAAUUGUCUUUGGGGAAAACCGGGGUAGUGGGGACAGUUUUCCCUACCGUAGUCAUCAGUGGCAGCAAGAUGCAAAUCAAGUUGCAUCUGAAAUGCAUCAGCAUCACUUCGCAGCCCUUUGUUCAUCAUCUUCGACACCCUAUAUCUGCGUCGGGGAUCCAGCAAAUCUUGGGAUGGCCACCGCCGUGCCGAUGGUGUUUUACUGCGAGUCCGCCGAUAUGAUGUCCUGCGCGGCGGCGCCGGGAGAUUGGGCGGUAGUUCCUAGUGAAACAACAGCACUAGACCACACAACCGAUGGAGGGCGCCUCUGGUGGCCGCAAUCAUUCGAAAAUCGGUGGGUGAUGGCGCAAGGUCAGGAACUAGAAACACAUGCUUACAUGGGUCGCCCCGCUGCCGCAAACGAAAAUGUAAAUAUCACAAAGCAACGUGGCACAACUAGUCCGGCUUCUAGUACUUCCUCCGGUGUAGUCUUGCCGUCGAGGUUGUCAUCAAAGAGAACAAGUAGUAUUAAACGCGACAAACCACGCAACGACUUCGCGUGGAGGUCUCGCACUAGAAACAGCAGCAAGGAAGAUGACGCGCAAAGGACUCCUCCCGAAUGUGAAGCGAGCGCAAGCACGCACAGGCAAACCGAGAGCCAAACGAUGAUCCGAAGAAUCUCUACUACGUCGUCUGGGUCUGCAGGCUCCUUUUCGUCAGCAUCAACUGCAGCAGAGGCACUAGUCUCUACUGCAAGUGCGGAGGAGCUACUGUUUGACGAGCAAGGGACUCCGACUUCUCAGGAUUUCGAUGUUGUUGGAGCCGAAGGUCGCGAUCAUGAUGUUGGACGGAGCGCAACGAAUUCUGCGUCGUCAGGAGCUGACAGCAACACUACAUCAUCCGCGCGGGAAAGAGAUGCUACCGCUGGAGCAGUACAUGGGCAUGAUCAACAACACAGUGGCGGCCCAUUCCACGUGCCAAGUCCCGCCCGCCAGAAGAAGAGGGCAUUGCAGCGAGAAAGAAAGCGGGCGAAGAGGGAGGCGCUACGUUUGGAAAAACAGACGGACGGUGGUGAGCAGGAUGUAGAUUGGGAACAACUACAGGCGCAAGAGCCAGUGCGGGAAUAGAUGGAUAGCCGAUCAAGUCAUUUGUGAUUGUUAUAAAUAUCGGGCGCAGCUGCACCUUGCUGGUCGAGCUCGAGCAUGCACUUUAGUUUUCAACCUGAGAUGUUAGUGAGGCUGAGGUAAUUAAAGACGUAAAACAUCGAUUUGUCAGUGGGGACGUCAGUGGGGAAAUAAAUCGUUUUUUAUUUUUUUGAACCGAUUAUAAGCGAAGCUUUUGCAAUGAAGGUUAACGUGCAGCAGCAGCCCAUCCAUGUAUGAUGAUGAUAUACAACGCGUCUUAAUAGCGACACUAGGGGAAAAAUGCAUCGAUUGUGGUAUUGUAUGACAAAGACACAGUAGAGGACUAGAGGUGGACAUACCAUUUAUACGUGUAGACUUUCAGAUUCAAGAAGCGUUUUUCUCGAUUUUAUCUGAAGGUGAGCGGAUGAAGACAGAACUUCUAGGAAGUAGCAAUAGAAAAAAUGCCUGCAUUCAAGGUUUCUUGCGGUUUUUGUGCGUAGGCCCUUUCGGGUCAAAGCUCAAGCUCUCUUUUUUGUGCAGUGAGUGCGCAAGAACAAGAAGACCUAGACAAGAUUCUUUGAAAACCAGAAGUGAAAGCUGAAAGACAUCAGUUGAUGAAGAGUAUUCGCCUGAACGUUGCUUGUUUUGAGAGGUUUAUGCUUUUGCUUUUGCAAACGCAAAGAGUUGUAGAAACCGACUGUACAACUGCAACAGCUUUGCAGUUGGCAUUGUUUAUCCAUCUGGCC